CUCGGUGCCUAUCCACUUCGUCCACCAUGUCCGCCUACCUCGGUACCAUCAUCCUGGUUGCCGGCAUUGUCGUCUUCCAGCGCCUCCCGAAGGAUGAGUUCACCAACAGCCUCAUCCUGAAGGUCUUCGUCACUGUCUUCCUCGCGCAGUACCCCCUCUUCUUCUACCUGUACCAGAAGAUCAAGGGUGACGCGUCGCUGGCCAGCCAGACGGUCACCGUCCCCCCGCCCCAGGGCCUGACCGCCGACCCGAACGCCCAGCCCACCGUCACCAAUGCCCAGGACUAUGACCUCGGCCAGGUGUGGGACCUGGUCAAGAAGUCCCUCCUCAACGCCGUCAUCAUGGGCGGUAUCUUCUACAAGUUCGGCUCCACUCAGCCCCUCUUCAUGCAGUCGCUCAUGAUCCCGGUCAACCUCUUCAACAACCCCCUGAUCAAGGUCCACCUGCUGGGCGAGAAGGCCGAGAACGCCCUUGCCCGCCCGUGGGCCGCCUCGUCGCCCUCUCCCUUCGGCCUGGGCGGCUCGACCCCGGCCACCGGCGAGCAGGCUGACUCCGCCUCCGGCCAGCUGACCACCUCCGAGGCCGAGGCCGAGGCCACCUCGUCCGAUGUUUCCCGCUCGACCACCACCGCGCGCGCGCGCCAGGCCGAGCCCGAGGACGAGGCCCGCAUCACCGAGCUGCCGGACGAGGAUGACUCCGAGAACCCCGCCAAGGAGGACUAAGAGGGGACGGCGGCAUGCGGCGCCCCCCCUCCCCCUCCCCUCUUGCACGCGCGAUGUGCCCCACCGCGGCGCGCCCUGCACCUGGGACGCGGGCGGACUCGCGUGAGCGCAUGUAUCCCCUGAUGCCCCCCCAUGCGCCUGCCUCCCCCUCCGUUUGCACGUCCGCCGAUUGUGUGUGCACCUCUCUCUCUCUCUCUCUCUCU